AUGAAUUUGGUCGACUACUCCGACUCCGAGGGCUCUGACGGCGAGUCUGAUCCUAUCCCCCAAUCCCGCAAGAUUCGCGUUGCCUUGCCGGAGAUCAAGCCCGAGAAUCCUGCGGACGAAGAGGCCGGAGAUGGGCCCGCGCGUAAGAGGCUUCGGCUAGGAGGGUCUGGGGCGCUUUCGGGGUUCAACUCGUUUCUACCAGCCCCAAAGCGCCAGGCCGAGAAGAAUGCGCCGGUGGCAAGCACACGUAAAGUGUUUAGCCUCAAGACUGGCGCCACACCGGGAUUUAGUCGAGAAUCGGACGCAGAACUGAGACAAGAGCAGGCUCUUAAUGACUAUAGCAACGCAACCGAGGAUCAGGAUGAGGAGGAUAUUACAAUACCCAAGGCUGGCCAUCGGGGAAGCAAAUUACAGGGCAACCCGAUGAUGUUUAGGCCUCUUUCGGUCGGCCGCCAGAAGAAGAAGAAGCCUAACGCUGCUAAACCCGUUUCUUCAGCUUCCGCAGCUACGAACGCGGUGGAUAGCCAAGCAUCCUCUGGGCAGAAAGCCUCUGCGGACGUGCCUCCUUCAAUUCCUGCGCCGGCUCCUCCAAAACCCAAAGUGAGCCUAUUCUCGUUUUCUUCGGAGGACUCGGACGCUCGUUCAGCUACCGCGACCGCGACAUCAUCAAGCACAUACGAGCCCAUGAUGUACACAACCGAAGCCGAAACCGAAGCCGAAACAGACGCCGCAUCCACUGACCUAAAUGCGUCCUACGCAAACAUGCCUGCGAAAAAUGCGUAUCCAACCACGCACUCGGUUACAUCUUCUCUCGACAACAUCGCCAAUGACCUGAAUCUUUCGAAAUCUGAGCGACGACAGCUGUUUGGCCGCAAUGCUCCAUCUGCCAACUCACAAAUCCGAACUUUCAAUACCGAUCAAGAAUAUGCUUCAAACCAAGCGCUUGCACAAUCAGAGCUGGCUGGCAUUCAGCACAAUCCCGUGCGCGCUGUAGCUCAUGGGGGCAAGACUUCUCUUAAGCAGCUGGUCACUGCGGCGAGCAGCCAAAAGGAGGCACUGGAAGAAAGCUUUGCCGCGGGCCGACGAAACAAGAAAGAGGCUGGAUCGAGAUAUGGUUGGUAG